UUUCUUUUUCUCUUUCUUUUUCAUUAAAAAAACAGUAUGGAUCAAACUACUGUGGAAAAGGUGGCGGCUUGUAAGCAACUUAGUGAUGGUUUAAGUUGCUUGAUCUGUGUUGAAUACUUUGAAACCCCUUAUACUUUGGAAUGUGGUCACUCUUAUUGUGAAGUUUGUUUACAUCAAUGGUUAACCAAGAAGAAAUCCUGUCCAGAAUGCAGAAUUGUGGUAUCAAAAAAACCUAGUCCUUGUUAUGCUCUUCAGAAACUAGUCACUGCAUUCAAAAGUAUUGUUGGCAAAGAGACAUCCUCCAACACGUCUGGCGCAGCAAAUAUGAUGUUAUGGAAGGAUUUAUUUCCAAACCACAAUCCUCUGGGUUAUUUUGACGAUCGCGACGAUGGCGUGGCUCGUUGUUCCUCUUGUUUUACUGAACUGGAACCUGAUGGUGAUUGCACGAACUGCGGACUUCAGUUUCAAAUCAAUCAAGAACAAAGUAUGCCCGUGUUAGUCGACUCUGAUCAAGAAUCUGACGAUGAUGCUGAAGAAUACAGUGUUUCUGAUUUGGACUUUGUUGUGGAUGAUGAUCAUGUCGAAUACGAAGAUUCUGAUGAUAACCCCAAUAAUUACCAAGACUACAGCAGUGACAGCGAUGACGAUAGUGACAACUACAAUCAAGACGAUGCAAUGAUGACACAAGUAAUCGAUGACAGUGAUGAAUCCAACGACGAAGAUUGCGUGGAUCUUACAACCGAUAUACAUGAUGAUUCAGAUAUUCAAGAUCUUGAUGAUUCUACCUCUUCUACUCCUUCCAGUCCUGAUAUACCUGUACGUAUCAAUAGCCAAAGAAAGAAACGCAAAACUCCCUCUUGGAUCUCUUCUGAUGAUGAUGAUGAUGAUGAUGACGACGAUGAUGAUGAUGAUGAUGACGAUGAUGACAAUGAUGACGACGAUGACGACGAUUAUGAGGUCUCUCUAGGAAGAAAAAGGAAACGAAUGACUAUUACCAUUGAUACUGAAGAUGAUGAAAUGGAUGAUGAUCAUGAUUUUAUACCUGUACAUGCUGAAAGCACUAGUUUGACAACAACAGGCAAUGUAGUCACUUCAACAAAACAGCAGGAUCACAAGGAGGAAAAUGUGUCUCAUGAUAUGAAACAACCACUCACUGAAUCAUCAUUAUCAACAAGCAACAGUAACAAAGACAAAAAUGACACCACACAUUCUUCCAAAGCUUCAAGUAGCACGGCCAACAAGGACAAGGGUGAAAACAAGUCUCGAAAAAAGAAGAAGAACAAGCGCAAGAACAAUAAGAAGACCAAAGAGCAAGCAACAACCAGCAAAUCCGAAAGUAAAAAUGGAUCCAAGGAAGAUGUAGCAGCAACAAAUACCACUACCAAAGAAAAAAGGUCCAGCAAAACAAAGAAAAAUAAGUCAAAGCAUAGGAAACACAAGAAGAUCAAAACAGAAUCCUCUACCUCUAUGACGGUAUCAACAUGAAUGGCAAGAUUUAUAUAACCCAUGCUUGAUACUUUUUUUUUUUUAGCUUAGUUUAUUAUCCCAAUUCUCCACUUUUCCUGUAGAGUAUAUAUGCAUUACAUAUUCCUUAUUUCAUUUUAUAUUACAUUACAAAAUAUUUUGUUUAUCUUUGUUUGCCAUUCUAUAGUGUUCCCAUUUUUAGUAUAUUCAUUCUUUCCCAUUUUCUUUCUUUCUUCAUAUGCGCAUCAUUACAAAUAAAUCAAAAAAAA